UAGAGCCUUUCAAGUUCUACUCUGUUUAGGAAAUUCUGUUGGGUACAAAUAGAGCUUGUUGUAAACAAGUGAAUCAUCAAAUUUUUCCUGAAGCUUUUCAAGUUCUAUCAUAAGCUUAAAUUUUGCCAGUCCACUUUCUCGAAAUCUGGUAGAGGUAUCCUCUGUGUCUUCGUCUCGAUUUCUCUCGCAUAACCUAUAGAAUGGAAGGUAAAAGUGCAGAACUUGUCAAGAGCAGCCAUUCCUCAGGUAACCUUGCAGUUUCUACUCCAAUGAAUUUCACGAAAGCUGGAGAUAUAGCAUGCGAUCUCCCUGACAAAUACAAAAUUUUGGCUGAGAUUUUUGAGAGCAUCGGAAGUUCAGUGAGGCUGCUCAGUCUUUGUAAAAAGCUGCCAACUUUUCAGAACAUAUGCACACAGGUGGAAGUAUUUACCAAAAAACGGUUGUCAUGCAGCCAUCUUGCGCAGAUAAAAUACAUACUUCCGGAAGCUAUUCAUGUUGAGAAGAUUCUUGUUCUUGAAAAGAGAACCAUGUGUAUGAGGCAAGACAUGAAAGUAACACUGCUAUUGGAUACUGUUGAAACUCAUCUCGACCAAUCUCCAUUUACGUCCCUUAUUCAAAUUUUCCACCAGAGGCUGUUAAAGUUCUUCAGCAACCAUCCUGAGUGUUGCGACAUUCCAGAGGCCACAUUACCAGUUCUUAUGAGCCGAAAACGCCCCAAUUUAUUUCUAGAGGAAUCACGCGUAGAAUCUAGUCCAAGUUCUAAUGAGCUCCAGCCAUUCUCGAGUGCAUCACAUUUAUCCUCAACUUUUAAAAGGCGAUUUUCCAAGAAGAGUACUCCUGAAAAGACAAAUCUCUUAGCAUCCCGGCACCCUUUUUCACCUUUGGAGCCUGAAGCUGUGUUUUUGUACUAAUUCUUUUUAGUCGUUUAUUCAAUGUUCUUUGUUUAUC